CGGAUGUCAGCCAAAGACGGGUGAUCUGCUGUGAUGCCGACAAAGCUCAUGCACAUCAUCGGGAGGCGCAUCUGCUCGUCGGACAAGAGUAUGACUCUCGCCAUCGACUCUAUCAAACCAUAACGACUCUGCGACUGUACAAGCGCAAAGUCAGGAUGGCGACAGCGGGGGUCAUAAGCAAGAGAGAGACGGGCAAGCGCGAUACCAGCCACUCGUCUCUCUCACGCGUAUCUUUGAUGAGUCUUUCUCUUCUUGCGCUCAUGUCAGUGCUGACACACUCGCAAGAGCAUUUCAUCCAGCAGUGAUUGCUGCCAAUGCGCUCAUUCUCAGUUCGACAGCUACGACUGCGCAAUGCAAUGCAAUGCUUUGCUUUCUUCU